UUGACAACCGAGUCAACUCACUCGGUCACUCCCCUCGCAAAUGCCCCCCUAUAAACAUCAUUACAAUGCACGCGUCUACCAAAUACCAUUUUUUAUGAUCUUAUUUAUUCCCCUUUUCUGCCUCCGCCUUAUCUACUCCAAUAUUAUUUUGCCCCAUUAUCCUGUGUUGGUGCGAUGCAAUCUCAUAUGAAUAUAUAUAUGAAGCCAAGAUCAGGGCAUGUGCUAAGCAUUUAUGGUAAAAGAUUGUUGUCUAUGAGGACCUGAGGUUCUUUUCAUAUUAUGGUUUGGAUCCUGUUAGGAUUGGUCGUGCAGUUGUGUCGCUGUGCCAUUACCUAACAGGUAAGUGCUUGUUUUUUCAUCUGAAGGUAAGUGCUUGUUGAUACGUCUGUUUAUGCACACAUUCUGUUUGAUUAUUUUUUUCUAAAGGUAUUUACUUUUAUCUUUGGAUUAGUGGGUCUUUCUUUUUCGUUUUAAUUGAUUAUUAUUUUGUUUUGUUUAUUACAUAUAAUGGGGAUGAAUGAGUGAAUAGACUACACAUGUGAAGGAAAUUUCGUGGUUUCCUGGUUCAUGAAGCACUGACAUGCCGUAAUAAAUAAAGACAUGUUUUUGUCAUAAUGACGUUGAAGUAAUUAAAACUUAGAGAACUGGCUGUUGUCUUUAUCGGAUUAAAAGAUUAAGAUUAAGAAGAGGGGGGUGAAUGAUUGUCAGUAUAUUGUUUAAAGAAGACAAAAGUAGGGCAGAAAGAUUGUAAAGGAAAUGGUUGUCAAUUCAUGAAUCAUCAAUGUUCUUUCAUUAAAUAAAUACUUUCCCAGGUUUCAUCCGUAAUGAAAUUUUUAAAUAUUAACAUCUUCAGCUGGUGCCAUCACCAAGUAAAUGAUUUACUCUACCUUCGUCACGAACAAGAUAUGUUCAGUGUAGAGAGAGAGAGAGAGAGAGAGAGAGAGAGAAGUCAACGCAAAACCAAGAUCAGAAUUGGAGAAAGCCCAGGUGGGCCAAUUCCAACCCCACCAAAAAUACUUCUUCAAACUUGCUACGUUUCUCUUCUCUAUUCAUCGUCCAAUUGAUCAUCCACAUGAGAACUUUUUUGUUUUGCACAAGUUUCUUGUUCUAUGCUGCUUUUGUUUCUGGUUCUUUGUUCUCUGAAUCCAUCUCUCCAAAUUUCACUGCUUCAUACUAUCAGUUCAUUGACAACAAAGGUGCUUUCCUCCUCUCUCGUAAUAAUGGAACAUUUGAAGUUGCUAUCUUCAAUCCUGGAGGACAGACCAACUUUUACUUGUGUGUUAUUCAUGUGGCAUCGGGCACAAUCAUAUGGUCUGCUAAUGCGGAUGCUCCUAUCUCGAGUUCCGGUAAAAUGGAUCUUACGGUCCAUGGAAUCAGUAUUGCUGAUGAAGAUGGCAGUCUCAAAUGGUCAACUCCACCUUUGAGAUCUCCAGUUCAUGCAUUACACCUAACUGAAAUGGGUAAUCUUGUUUUACUUGACCAGUUCAAUGGUUCUCUUUGGGAAAGCUUCCACUUUCCAACAGAUACAAUAGUCAUUGGACAACGCUUACCAGAGGGAGCAAUGUUGUCCAGUGCGGUAUCAACUAAUAACUUAUCAACUGGUGAUUACCGGCUUGCUAUAACUGAUUCAGAUGCAAUAUUGCAGUGGAAAGGGCAGGCAUAUUGGAAGUUAUCAAUGGAUGACAGGGCUUAUACAAACGCUAAUUAUGUUGUGGAAUAUAUGGCAAUAAACAGAACUGGCCUCUUUCUGUUCAGUCAUAAUGGAUCAGCUGUUGUAAUUCAGAUGAGUUUGUCACCAUCUGACUUCCGAAUUGCCCAGUUGGAUGCUUCUGGCCACUUUAUAAUCAGACGUUUUUCUGGUAGUGACGGUGAACAGGAAUUUGUAGGGCCAAUUAAUGGUUGUCAAAUUCCACUUGUCUGUGGCAGAAUUGGAUUGUGCGUUGCUGCUCAGUCCAAUGGACCAACUUGUUCUUGUCCGCAAGGUUUCCAUGAAGUUUCACAAAAUUCAAGUGGUUGCGUGCCAAGUGGUUCUUCUUUGCCACUUGCUUGUUAUUCAACCAAAAAUGGCAGUCAGUUGAAUUCCUCUGCUCUUUCGUAUUCGAUGCUUGGUUUUGGUAUGGAUUACUUUGCUAUUGAUUUCUCUGAGCCUGUUAGAUAUGGGGUAAAUUUGUCUGUCUGUCAAGAGUUUUGCACAUCAGACUGUUCUUGCUUGGCAAUUUUUUAUGAUAACUCAUCAGGAUCUUGCUAUGCACUUGAAAAUGACUUGGGUUCCAUCAUAUCAAGCACUACAUAUGAAGAUGAUAUGUUGGGAUACAUUAAAGUUAUAGUUGGAGCACCUUCAGAUGUCCAUAACACUUACAGUAGUCAAAGUCAACAAUUCCCUGUAAUUGCUCUGGUGCUUUUACCUUUCACUGGACUCCUUCUCAUGGUUGUUCUUGGUUUCCUCUGGUGGAGAAGACGGAAAGUUUCUAAUAGAGAGAUAAAACUAGGUCAUGCAAGCUCACUUUCUUCUGGUGAUCUGGAUUCCUUCUACAUCCCAGGCUUACCCCAAAGGUUUGACCUCGAAGAGCUUGAGGUGGCUACUGAUAAUUUUAAAACCCAGAUUGGGUCAGGUGGGUUUGGUGCUGUAUACAAGGGCACAUUGCCAGAUAAAUCAGUUGUUGCAGUAAAGAAGAUAACCAGUUUAGGAGUACAAGGGAAAAAAGAAUUUUGUACUGAAAUAGCGGUAAUUGGAAGUAUACACCAUGUCAAUCUGGUGAAGUUAAGAGGAUUUUGUGCCCAAGGUAGACAGCGCCUUUUGGUUUAUGAGUACAUGAAUCGUGGCUCAUUGGACAAGACCCUUUUUGGCAGUGGACCUGUCUUGGAAUGGCAAGAGAGGUUUGAGAUAGCUCUUGGAACUGCUCGUGGGCUUGCUUACUUGCACACUGGGUGCGAGCAAAAAAUUAUUCAUUGUGAUGUUAAGCCUGAGAAUAUUCUUUUGCAUGAUCAGUUUCAGGCCAAGAUAUCUGAUUUCGGCCUCUCAAAGCUUCUAAGCCCUGAACAGUCCAGUUUAUUUACAACAAUGAGGGGCACUCGUGGCUAUCUUGCACCUGAAUGGCUAACUAACUCAGCAAUCUCAGAAAAAACUGACGUUUACAGUUUUGGAAUGGUACUGCUUGAACUUGUGAGUGGAAGGAAAAAUUGCUCGACCCGAACACAGAGCCACAGCAUGGACAAUAGUAACAGCGGUGGUGGCCAAUCAACAUCAUCAUCAGGAUCAGGAGUUGUUUAUUUCCCAUUAUUGGCAUUGGAUAUGCAUGAGCAAGGGAGGUACAUGGAGCUUGCUGACCCAAGGCUAGAGGGGAGGGUGACAAGUGAAGAGGUGGAAAAAUUAGUGCGUGUAGCUCUGUGUUGUGUUCAUGAGGAACCAUCAUGGAGGCCUAAUAUGGUAAAUGUUGUAGGAAUGUUGGAAGGCAGUAUUCCUUUAGGUCAGCCAAGAGUGGAAUCUCUGAAUUUCUUGAGAUUUUAUGGGCGUAGAUUUGCUGAGGCUUCCAUGAUAAAGGAGGAGAACGGGCAAAGUGACUUUAUGUUGUUUCCACAAGCAAAUGAUUCUACAACAACCACAACAAGCGAGUCGCAUGUUUGUUUCUCCUACAUCUCCUCGCAGCAGAUCUCAGGACCAAGAUAGUGUUUAAUGUUUGAGAAUCUGCAGCUUGUGUAUAGUUUAUUUUGAAUGAUAUAAAAACCAAAAAUGUAUGCAAUU